AAUGUAUUCGUCGAUCAUCCAGGACGACGAACGACAUUUUUCGAUCCACGCUUGCCGAUGCCCGUCAAACGACGCACACGAAGUGCACCUCCAAAUCAGCACAGUUGUGAUCUGAACGGUAACGAACUCAUGGAUAUUCUGCAGGAUGCUGUAAAUAUGCAUGAUCUCGUCCGACUGCCUAAGCCUGAGAUACUUUCUGCGGAUGCUUCUGAAUUACGGAAAAGUCGCCUCUGCGUCAAUUUCGAUGAGGAAGACGGGUUGGAUUAUGGAGGUCCAUCAAGAGAGCUAUUCUUCCUACUUUCACGGGAACUUUUUAAUCCUUACUAUGGCCUGUUUGAGUACUCAGCAAAUGAUACCUAUACUGUUCAGAUCAGCCCAAUGAGCGCUUUUGUGGAUCACUACAUCGAAUGGAUGGAAUUAUGCGGUAGAGUGCUUGGCCUUGCACUGAUACAUCGAUGCCUUAUUGAUACAUUUUUUACACGCGCCUUCUACAAAUCUCUUCUCGGAAUGUAUGUUUUUUACCCACAUACAAUCUGUGAUCAUUUUACCGAAUAUUUGCUACUUCUAAAUUACGAUGAGACACCUGAAGCGCCUUUUGUAAUCGACGACUUGCAAUCAAUGGAUUCGCAGUUUUACAAUAGCUUGUUAUGGAUCAAGGAGAACAAAGUGACCAGUGAGCUUGACCUUACAUUCAGCGUAACCGAAGACGUCGGUGGACAAAUUGUUGAAAAAGAACUGUUACCGAAAGGGAAGGAUCUUUUGGUUACGGAAAGAAACAAGCAUGAGUUCAUAGCCAUGAUGAUCAAGUGGAGGAUCGAACGAGGAGUCACCGAGCAGAGCAGGGCUCUUCUUCGUGGCCUUUAUCAGGUUCAGCCCUAUUAUAUUAUUGAUCGAGAUUUGCUAUGCAUUUUCGACAGUAAGCAGUUGGAGUUGGUUUUAUCUGGGACAGUGGAGAUCGAUAUUGAUGACUGGCGAGAAAAUACUGAGUACAAAAAUGGCUACUACGCUGAGCAUAUCUGCAUCGUUUGGUUCUGGGAUACUUUUGUAACCGGGACAUCAAGUAUACCUUACGAAGGUUUUCGAGCACUACGUGGCUCUGACGGACCAAAGAAAUUUACCAUAGGUAUUUUUACGCAUUUCUGA